UUGAGUCAGUCGCGCCGGAGCCGCCGAGCCGAGCCGCGCCAAACGAGAUACCAUCCGCGCCAUGGGUGUGAGGAGCCGCGCCUGCGCCGGCCGCGGGGACUGUGCAGUGCACCGCGCGAUGCGCCUCGCCGCCGCCGCCGCCGCCGUCCUGCUCUGCUGGACCACAAGUGGAGCGACGGCCCAGCAGAACAACAACAACGGCUACUUCGGCGUCCCCCUCGGCGAGCUCACCCGCUUCCACCAUGGCGUCAGAGGGAACGUGUUCGCCGUCGACGCGCGCACCAUCCACAUCCGGGACCUCCACUACGACGGCGAGGGUCCGGCUGCGUACUUCUACGCCGGCAACAGCAAGGCCCCGGGCGCGCAGGGCUUCCGCAUCAGGGACGAGAGAGGGUCGGCGACUCCCCUGAAGCGUUACCGAGGAAAGCACGUGACCAUCACGCUGCCGGAGGGCAAGACGCUGCACCAGCUCAAGUGGUUCGCCAUCUGGUGCGAGGAGUUCUCGGUUAACUUCGGCGACGUGCGCAUCCCCAAGAACCUGGAGCUGCCCAAACCGCACAAGAUCGGCUCGCUGAGCGGCAUCCACGGCGUGAGCUCCGACCCCGUGGUGGUCGUGGACGCGCAGACCCUGCUGGUGCCCUCCUUCUCGUACGACGGCGAGGCCCCAGACGCCAAGUUCUGGGUGGGUCGCGGUCCCAAGCCCUCGCCCCAGGGCAUCCGCGUCCCCGACGAGAACGGCAAGGAGGUGCCGUUGCGCCGCUACGAGCAGAAGACCCUCGUCCUCACCCUGCCUGGCGACCUGACCGUCUUCGACAUCGGCCACUUCGGCGUCUGGUGCGAGGCCUUCGCCGUGGACUUCGGCCACGUGGUGAUCCCCAGGACCCUGAGCGUGCCUCCCUCGCUGCGGAUGCUCGGCGUCCAGCCCCAGUCGAAACUCAACUGCGAGGUGCUCCACGACGACUUGGCGUUCGAGGUUCGUUGGGCCGUGGCAGGGGACUCCGUCGUGCUUCAGCUUGUGGCCAAACUAGAGAAUAACGAGUACAUGGCCUUUGGCCUGUCCGGGGACUCCAAGAAGAGCGUGAUGGUGGGCGGAGACGUGGUCGUCGCCUGGGUGGACAAGAACACCCUCAAGGGCACCGCCGUGGACUACAUCCUUGACGCCAAGUCGCAGUGCUCCGGCACCAGGGGUUCUUGCCCCGAUACCCGCGUGAAGGACAACUCGAACAGCGUCCGCCUGCUCAACGCCGCCCUGGUCAACGGAUACUCCAUCGUCACGUACCAAAGGCCACUAGCCGCGAGGGACUCGUUGGACAAGCCCGUGCUCACCAACGGCUCGCAGCCCGUCAUCUGGGCGGUCGGGCCUCUCAACCAGCGCCAGGAAGUGUCGUACCACUCGCUCGCCAACCGAGAUGACAUCUUCCUGGAGUUCGGGCGCGCCCCGCGCUGGAACUGCCCGUUGCCCGACGGCGGCCACGGCGGCCAGGAGGACCAGGACCGCGAGCCGGCUCGGCCGGCGAGUCAGCAGAGCACGGCGGUGACGACGCGGCCGCCCGCGACCCCGGCGCCGCACCCGACCAAGGGGGCGUGGGAGAUCCCGCCCAUCCAGUGCCACGAGCCGGAGGACGGCGUCUUCUACGCGCAGAUGGGGCCGACGGGCGGCAAGCACGGCUACCCGGCCAUCACCGGCCACGUGGGCUGGGGCAUCUCCUGGUACAUCAACGGCCUGCUCAUCCCCGAGAUCAACGUCGUGAGGGGCAAGACCUACACGUUCGUCGUGGAGGGCGGCCUCGACCCGGAGACGCCUGCGCGCUACCACCCCUUCUACAUCACCGACGACUCGGUGGGCGGCUUCGAGCACAAGACCGCCGAGGAGCGUGCCAACGUGCGCAUCUUUGCGGGUGCGGUGCAGGACAAGCGCGGCAACAUCGUGCCCACGGGCACGGGCCGCCUGUGCAACUGGACCCCGGACCCCAACCAGCCACUGGCGGACGAGUUCACCUCGUUCGGCGCCUACCAGCGCACCCUCACCCUGGUGUGCGACGAGGGCGAGCCUGGCGUCGUGCAGUGGACUCCCGACCACAACACCCCCGACACCGUCUACUACCAGUGCUUCACCCACCGUUACCUGGGCUGGAAGAUCAACGUGCUGGACAGCUGCGACCGCGGCUCACAGGGUGCGGCUAGCGAGCCGGUGCCCUCGCAGGUGGCGGCCCCCGUCCACCAGGACGACAAGGACGACGACAAGCAGCAGGCGGACGCGGACCAGGACGGCGACCUGGACGGCAAGGCCAGCAUCCAGGUGGAGACGCGCGUGCCGUCGAACGCCGCCGGCUCCGCGGUGCCCGCCAAGGACCUCUUCCAAGACAUCAAAGGCUUGCAGGGGCUCAUCAGCGACGCGGACCAGGCGCUGCUCAUCAAGGGCAUCGAGAAGUUCGCCGCGGCCCACGACAAGGAGCCCUUCCCCUUCGACACGCCCCUCGCACAGGUGCAGAUACAGACCCAGUCCGAUGUCCAGGCCCAAGCCGAGGCCCAGAGCCAGAGCCCUGCGGGGGUCCAGGCCCAGGCGGCCCAGGCGGCCCAGGCGCAGGCCGCCCAAGCAGACCCGACAACCCUCUACGACCACCUCAAAGAGGAGACGGCCAAGCAGGACAAACAGGCGUCUAGUCCCGCAGGCCCCGCGGCCGCGGCCUCGGUCUCGUCCGCCAAAAUCUCAGCACAGCUUCCGCAGCUGCCACAGCUGCAGCAGCAGCAGCAGCUGGCGGCCGCUGUCGGCCUCCUGUCGGGCCCCGGCCCCGCUUACCUGUCGCACGGCCUCCUCGGCCCCGGGCUCAGCCCGAGCAUGAUGCACCAGCUCAAGUACAUACCGCACCCCCCACUGCGCAUGCCCGGCCUGGCCAGCAUGGCCCUGGGCCCCCUCACGCGACCCCUCGCCGGCCACGGCCCGCUGGGCUACGCCAAGCACAAGCUCCCGCACGGCAUGAUGCCCCUCAACAUGCACUCGCACCGCCACGGCCUCCCCAGCGGCAUGAUCCGCCGGCCCGUCAUGGGCCCCGGCAUGAGCCCCAUGCUGCUGCAGCAGCAGGCCACGCGCCAAGGCAUGAUCAUGGCCUCGCCCUCCCAGCACAACUACGUCGUCAAGAAGAAGCCGCACUUCCGCGUGCCGUCGAGCGCGGGCAUCCCGGCGGGCAUGCUGACGUCGACCACCCUGCGGCCGCUGUACCUGCAGGGCCUGCAGGGCAUGCCCGCCACCACCGGCCUGUACUCCUCCACGCUCCGGCCCACCCUGGCGCAGUCCAUCAUGGCGGCGCAGGUGCAGGCGCAGGCGCAGGCGGAGGCGCAGGCGCAGGCCGUGGCCGCGUCGCAGCAGCAGCAGAUCUACGCCAUCAAGCUUCAGAAGCUGGCCGCAGCACUGUCCACCUCCACGACAACCACCUCCACGACCAGCACCACAACCCCCGCCCCUGUAUCGAUCCCAGCGCACUUCUCUCGGCCCAACCACCUCUCGCCCCUGCACGCCAACCACUACACCAACCACCACGCUAACCAUCGCCCUACCCACCAGGCCAACCACCACACCAACCACCACAGCGUCCAGUCUUUCCCUGCUUACUAUCGGCCGUCGUCCAACGGUCACCCUCCCGUGUCACCCGCCUUCGACCCGGAGUCUUCCCUGGAGCACACGCCGUCGCUUGGCCUCGGCGGCAACCUAGCCGUCAACACGGGUUUCAACCCCAGCUCCGUUGUCGUCGAGGGUGGCUUCAAGCCUAUCCUGCAGCGCCGCCAAGACGAGGCCGAGGAUCGCAUGGCCUUCGUCGAGGGCGGAGACGACGGUGACGAUCUGAUGGAAGGCUCCGUGGUCGAGAUGGAACGGCGCAGCUCAGACGUCGCGAUCGAGGACGAGGACUAUGUCGACGACGACGGAGUCCAGGAGGAGCAGCAGCUGCAACAGCCUAAGCAGCAGGAGCGCCGCACCGAGAGCUUCGAGCCCAUGUUCAUCCCGUCGCCCCCCGACCGCAACAGCUUCAAGCCCGGCGCCAAGAAGGCCAGCGAGCCCGGCAAGUCCUUGGGCAAGCCAAAGCAGGGCGGCAAGCAGGCGCGUCGCGACAAACCCGUCCGCCUGACGCCCCUUAUCGUCCGGCCCAGGCCCGCCAUCCUCGGCCGCCCACUGUACCCCAACCUGGUGGUGCCGCCCUUCAAGAUACAGGCACAGGCGCGGCGGGGCCACCGCGAGAACAUCGAGGACGAUGACGACGACGAAGAGGACGAAGUAGAAAACCUCCCUGUCCCCGAGCACCUGCACCAGGAUGCUGCGGCCACCACCGCCGCCACCCCUGCCACCAAGCAAGAUGACAAGCCACAGGAGCGGAGCCAGGACGACGAGGACGAAGAGGAAGACGACGACAUGCAGGACGAGACCAUGAUGGCGGCCGAGAGGAUGGACACGUACUAUCUGCCGCCCUCUGCGCCGGCCCAGCCACAGCAGUCGUACAGUGGACACCACCAGCAGGGCCUCCCCAGCCUGCCACACACCAUCGUGACGUACGACGGCAAGGCCGUGGACCCCGCCGUCGCGGCCAGUAUUCCCAACCCGCCGCCGGAGAGCCAGUCGCACUCGCCGAGCAGCGCCGACCUGGUGCGGGGGACGCCCCAGUUUGGCCCGUUCCUCGGCGAGGCGCCGCCGCCCAUCCCCGCCGCGCCUUCGCCCCUCGACCUGCCGCAGCUUCAGCCGCAGCAGGUGCAGCAGACGCCGCUGGCGCAGUACCCCCCGCUGCUGACGCUCAGUGCCCCCGGCGGUGAAGACUCCCUCGCCCUGGUCCACGGCCACGCCCUGGUAGAAGACCCCCUACAGACGGAUGCCACUCACCACCACGGUCAUCAGGGUCACCAGGGCGCCGACGAGCACGCGCACGCGCACGCGGGGCGGCAGCGGCGCUCGCCCCACCACGAACCCGGACAUGAGGGCCACGACGAGCACGACGGCGUGGGUGCGGCGCCCGGCCGAGCUCCUUCAAGCGCCCGUGCCGGCCUCGUCCUCACCUUGUUGUGUGCCAUGCUAGUGUCAGCCUUGAGUGCGGACCGGAGAGUUCCCUGCUAGCGAUAUGAGCCUGGCUGUUGGAGUCAAUACGGCGGAGCGGAGCGCUCGACCCGCACCUGUAGCCGCAUUGUAUUGGCACCAACAUCCGGUAUAAAGACUGGACUUGUACAUAUGUAUGUGUUGCUCAAACUGAAACCCAUCAACUUGAAAUGUUUCCUUGUCUUUUUUUUUUCCGAGUGAGUGUGCGCGUGCUAGUGUGUAUGAGAGAGUGUGUGUGUGUGAGAGAGAGAGUGCGUCUGAAUGUGUCAAGGGAUUAUCCACAGUAAAGAAAGAUUUCCUUGGAAUUGUACAUCUUGUAAAUGUUUACAAAGGCUCUUUUCAGAGAGCGGAAAGGAAACUUUAAGAAAAAGCACACAGCACAAAUCAUGUCAUCAGCACAUAAGUUAUUACUUAUUUAUGGUACAACAUUAUGUUAAUAGAACAUGUGAGCAGAUUGUGAAAGAUUCACAAACAUUUUAGGAGCAUGGUCGCUGAGUUUUUUAUAAUACGACUUUAUCAAGUUAAUUCAGAUCAAUUUCAGACUGACACUUUCUUCAUUAUUGUGUGGUUCAAAGACAUAAAUGUGAUAUAGAUAGCAUCAAAGUUCAAAGGCACAUAGUGCUGUUAUCUCAAAUGAUGCACUGAGGCUCAGAUAAAUAUACUGUAUUAUAAAUGUAUCAAAACAUUGACCCAUAAGAAGAGAUUUUUAUCUGUAAGGUACUUGUGUGACUCCAGAGUGUUUGAUCCUGUUAAGUGAAUGCAAUGUUGAUAUUUGAUAUAAUAAACUCUGUUAACAUGUACAUGAAA